GGAAUUGUCAAGCGGAGACAAAAUACUAAAAUUGAGUGGUGAGGUGUGGAGUGUAGUUCUAGUUCUUCACGUUCAGAUUCUACUUCUUGCAUGAUGCAAUUGGAAUUGCAAAGCGCUUUGUUGGAGAUACGAGUAAAAAAUUCAUCUCGACAUUUAUUACCCGAAGAACGAACGUACAUCUUCAUCUCCUAUGAGACGAACUUCCCUCCAUCGCAUCAGCUUGGGGGGAUAAAGUCGAAAUCUAAGCGCCUCUUGCGUGAAAUCUACCGAGAACUCUUCAGGAUCCCACACACGAAAACAGGAUGAGUGAUUCAAUUGGAUGAAACAGUAGAAAUCCAUGCAUUCAUCGAUCUAGUACGCCCCAUCUUCGUUGCCUAUAACGAAGCCGAAGUAUGAUUAUAAAAAUAAAGACGAAAAAACUAUUCGAAAGAGAUGUUGAGACGUCCGUGUCGUGUCAUUUUGCUGAAUAGGUGCCUCUAUUGCGGCGAGCUCUAGAGACAAAGAUGGAGGAGGACCAGCACAGCCUGGUUAUCAUAAAGAUCGUUGGUAUUAUUGGGACCAUCGUUGUUGCGUACGCGGGUAUCAUUGCAAGCUGGUGUCUGCAAGAGUAUGCGCGAACGCCGGAGGGAAAUCGGUUGGUAAAGCGUGCGAACUGCCUAGCUGGGGGCGUGCUGUUGAGCGUUGCGCUAGUCCAUGUCCUCCCCGACGCGAUCGGCGACAUCGGCCUCGGUGCGCCAAUUUUGGGAGGCGUAUCCUACAUUUUGCUCUUCGGACUCGAAAUCUUCGUUGGCGGGAUCAUCGGCCUCAGCAACGCCGCCUCGGGAAAGAAAGCAACAAGUAGAGAAGCGUCGGUCAACGAUGUUGAAACGGGGGGCAAAAGCCUUGAGAGUGGUACUUACUAGAUUUUUAUCAUUUUCGUUUUCCUCAACUGGUGCUGCAGCUGCUAGUCUACUUAGUCUGUGUUCUAGUCACCAUCUCUCUCACGACGACGACCAUCUGCAAGAACUGCGUAGCUGAGGGUGCCUGCGUAGCUGCGGGUGCGCAAGACCAAUGUUCUUCUAGAGAUGCCUUUGAUGAUUGAAAAUGAGCAAGUUUAGCUCGAAGAUGAAAACCAAAACUCAGCAGAAUUUCAGAAUCAUAACGAACUGAGAAAAAAAGACGAAAACAAAAUAAAACAGAACCAACCAUCGCAGCCACAGAGACGGCAACAGAGCGACGGAUAUCUGCAAAGCUGAUCGCUAGCGGGGAGGUCGUAGAUCUGGAGGUCGGAGGUACCGCUCCAAUUAGUUCUCUUUCACCCGCAACGGCAGGCAAGCGAGCCGUGGCUUUCGAGAGAUCAAAGCUUGCAACAAAGCAAUCGGAAGCGCAGCAAGCACUUUCCGAUGCCAAGUUUUGCGGGGAAGUGGGCGGUCAGGCGAUCAACGCUGAAGACUGCCGGGAUGUCAGUGCCGAACAGCUUGGCAUCGUCAAAGCGACGCUUUUGUUCUCUGCUCUGAUGGUGCACAGUGUGCUGGAGGGGUUGGGUCUCGGCAGCGCGCAAAAGGCUUCCCUCGCCCUCUCCACGAUGAUCGCGAUCGUUGCACACAAGGGGCUGGCAGCCUUCGCGCUCGGACAAACGCUGCUGACCGUAGAAGUGACACAGGGCGGAGGUAAGGCUGCUACAGAUGGGGGCUCCGGGUCGUCCUCCGACGAAGGAGCAGAAGGCGAAAGCGAACACGGUGGUGAUGCUUGCGUGAUGACACAGGUCCUCGGGCGCAGCACCUUCCAGCAAGAACUAACUUCCGAGAACAAAAACAGAAUAAUAAACCACGCGGCCUCGACACCAUCAAAGCAGGACCCUGGCGCUUCGCUGCAAGUAGUGAAAUCACCCCAAGUCGUCGCUGCGUGCGGCUGCGGACCUGGCGCCGAAAGCGCAGGCAAUCUCGCUGGACGCUGCGACCUUCCCGACGCGCGCGUGACACUCGGAUCGCUGCUGCCUUCGGGAGUCAGUUCCCUGCUGGGCCCGCGGAUUUCCAACCUCCCGGUGGUAAGAUGGGCCACUUCGCCGUUUGGCAAGAGGAAAAAAUCCGCCUCAAGACCGGGCACUUCCUCCAACUCCCCAGCCGGGAAGCCACUGGAGGCACCGCUGCUCACCACCCAAAACGAGCUCGCAUUGGAGGAAACGCAACUUAUCGUGCAGGACGCGACAUGUAACAAAGCGCGAACCCGGUUUCUCAUUUUCACACAGGUGUUCGCGUUCUCCACACCCCUGGGGGCGAUAAUCGGCAUGUCGCUCGGGGACGCCGACGGCGCGGCCUGGCCCGCGGUCUGUUCUUCGCUUACUGCCGGCACGUUCUUGCAGAUCGCGGUCAACGAACUCAUUCCCUCUGCGCUGUCUAUCGGCUCUGCCACUCCCACGGAAAGUGGAACACGGUUGCUCGCUUUGCUGAUCGGCUUUGUGUCCAUGAGCAUGCUCGCAGUGCUCGGCGCAUAGUUGUUUCGCAAGUUGUGUUCAAGCGAAGGAAAGGAGGAAUUCGAAGUGCAGUUCUAAAACUAAAUUUCCUCUGCUCGUCCAGCGUAAGUACCCAGCGGAAUGCGACUGCUUUUCACCCAAUGUCAUUACCAUCUUCACAUCACUUCGACCCUGAAUGAUUCCGCAGUAGGUAGUACACGUCGAGAAUACAGCUACAGCAAUUUGGAACAAACUAACGGCAAUAAAUCCAACAAAAGUAUGUUGAAAUUUGAUGCACAGCGACAUUAAGAUUAACCACAUCUUCUAUCAAGAAGCAUCAGCAUGUCUGGUGACGUGUGCUGUAUCCGUAGGGAGUACUUCGCACAGCGAGAAUACAGCUGCGGCAGCGACCAUGCCUGCAGUAGCAGUCCCAGUUCUACUCGUCGUAAGGAAGGUUUUGUUUUUGAGUGGUUCUAUCUUUCUAAACCGAAUGUUUUGCUCGUAUUCUCUUCUUUUACGUCUUCCAAGGUUGCUGUACUUCGUAAUGCUAAGGGACCGAUACACUCCGACUCCGUCACCGAAAGUUGUACAGAGCGACGAAUACGUAGAAGUUGAAGUUUCCCUUUCCCUUUGCUUUUGCUUCUCUCGCUUUCUUUCAAGCUUUUCUUCCCACAAAUUCCAAACAACUGGCGAAGGAUCGUUUGCCUACUUUCGAGAACAAGUAUGAGAUCCAUUUCAUCUACCCCCAAAGAACACUGAGUGGUUUCGCUCGCGGCACUAUGUUAGCCGUGCUUGUUUUAUUUCGCGCAGGGACAUCCGAACUCGCAAAGCAGGGACUAUAGUUUGACUUUGUCAACAGAAGUUGCAAUGGAGGACCCUCAGCUUCUCGAGUUCGUAUCUGAU